AUGAGUGAGGAGGCGCCCGUCACUCCCAGCUGGAUGACCCCUGACCCCACCUGGGCCAGCAGCGGAGCAGGCAGCACAGAGAACAUCACCUCGGUGACGCUGCCCCCCGCGGCCGCGCUGCCUCCCCGGCCCCCCGCGGAGCUGCUGGUGAACCCGUGGGACAUCGUGCUGUGUUCGUCGGGCACUCUCAUCGCCUGCGAGAACGCCCUGGUGGUACUGGUCAUCUGGCAGAACCCAACCCUGCGCGCUCCCAUGUUCCUGCUCAUCGGGAGCCUGGCGCUGGCGGACCUGCUGGCCGGCCUCGGGCUGGUCCUACACUUCACCUUCGCCUACCUGCUCCAGUCCGACUCGGCCCAGCUGGUCACCGUCGGGCUGGUGGUGGCCUCGUUCUCCGCCUCCGUCUUCAGCCUGCUGGCCAUCACCAUCGACCGCUACCUGUCGCUUUACUAUGCCCUCACCUACAACUCCGAACGAACGGCCGCCUUCACGUACACCAUGCUGGUCCUUCUCUGGGGCGUGUCCGUCUGUCUGGGGCUGCUCCCCGUCACGGGGGUCAACUGCCUCGGCCAGGAGGACACCUGUAGCGUGGUGCGCCCGCUGACGAAGAACAACGUGGCGGUUCUGUCCGUGUCCUUCCUGCUCCUGUUCGGGCUCAUGCUUCAGCUCUACGUCCAGAUCUGCAAGAUCGUCAUGCGUCACGCCCACCAGAUCGCCCUCCAGCACCACUUCCUGGCCGCCACGCCCCACUACGUCACCACGCGGAAAGGCGUCUCCACCCUCGCCAUCAUCCUCGGCACUUUCGCCGCCUGCUGGAUGCCCUUCACCGUCUAUUCGCUCAUCGCUGACUACACCUACCCUCCCCUCUACACGUACGCCACCCUGGUGCCUGCCACUUAUAACUCCGUCAUCAACCCCGUCAUUUAUGCCUUCCGUAACCAGGAGAUCCAGAAGGCUCUGUGGUUGGUGUGCUGCGGGUGCAUCCCUGCCAGCGUGGCACAGCGGGCACGGACGCCAAGUGACGUCUGA